CAACCUCUCGCACGGCAUGUGGGCACAUUCGAUGACAGUUCAAGACUACCAGGAUCUCAUAGACAGAGGAUGGAGAAGAAGUGGAAAAUAUGUCUACAAACCUAUCAUGAAUCAAACAUGUUGUCCUCAAUACACAAUAAGGUGCCGGGCUUUGCAUUUUCAGGCCUCCAAGUCCCACAAGAAGGUUCUGAAGAAAAUGUUGAAAUUCAUUUCCAAAGGAGAUGUUUCGAAAGUAGUGAGUGAAGAAGAGCCGAUGGAUUCCCAUAUAGAGGAUGUGGCCACGUGUGAUUUUCCACACAAAAGCGAGUCCCUGGUCAGUCAGUCUGACCUGACUCCCUUGGCUGUGGAUCAGGCUGAGAGGGUGGAGAAUGAAGAUAAGGAGUCAGGAGAAACAAAAGAAGAGGGGAAUGUGCAGAAGGUGGAACCGGAUUCUGUUCAGAUCUCUGCAGACAAAGACACCCCAGUCCCUGCAGAGCCAUCACAUUCUGCUAAAGCUCUUCAUGCACCACCUAAGCCAGGGAAGGGGGCUGAUCUGAGCAAGCCCCUGUGUCGGAAAGCAAAGGACAUCAGGAAAGAGAGGAAACUACAGAAGCUCCUCCAGAACCAGAUGGGCACAGCAGAAGGCUCUCAGCUUCAAGGAGAUCAAGCUUUCCUCUUGCAAAACUCUAAACCUAAAACAAACCAGCCUAAAAACAUUGAAGACUUUGUUUGUGUCCCUCUACCUGAUGAUGCACGACACAAAUUAGAGGUGAGGUUAGUACCUGUCUCCUUUGAGGACCCCCAGUUCAAAUCAUCCUUCAACCAAUCUGCCACUUUAUUUGCCAAGUAUCAGAUGUCUGUACACAAGGACACACCUUCUGACUGUGGGGAGAACGAGUUCACACGAUUCCUCUGUGAUUCCCCUCUGGAGGCAGAGCAUGCCCCAAACGGACCAGACUGUGGCUAUGGCUCCUUCCACCAGCAGUACUGGCUGGAUGGGAAGAUAAUUGCUGUUGGUGUCAUUGAUAUCCUGCCCUACUGUGUGUCCUCAGUCUAUCUGUACUACGACCCAGACUUUUCUUUCUUAUCUUUGGGAGUCUACUCUGCAUUACGGGAAAUUGCUUUCACCAGACAGCUUUGUGUAAAAGCUCCUGAUCUCUGUUUUUAUUACAUGGGUUUCUACAUUCAUUCAUGCCCCAAAAUGAGAUACAAGGGUCAGUACAGGCCCUCUGACCUGCUGUGCCCUGAGACCUACGUGUGGACACCCAUUGAGCAAUGCCUGCCCCUGCUCGAGCACUCCAAGUACUCCCGCUUCAACCAGGAUGGAAAAGCAGUCGAUGAAGGUCGCCUGAAGGAGCUGGGCAGGGUGAGAGUGCUCCACAAGAGAACCGUGAUGCCUUACAGCGUGUACAAGAAGAGGAGGAAGGGGCCCAGUGACGAGGCCAGUGUCCAGCAAUAUGCAAGCCUGGUGGGACAGACCUGUUCAGAGAGAAUGCUGCUGUUCAGGAGCUGAAAGCCCAGGAGAUGACAUUUCAAUGGUUCCAACAUUUCAUUGCACUGCCACGGGGUGAUCUGUACCGUAGUCGUGUGCUGGUGUGCCCACUCAGACAGGCUGGAACACAGGUAUAUAGCCAGGCUUGUGUCAAUACAUGGUACUGUAGAGGCCAACUCCAAUAAAUCUUACAGUACAGCAAGGCUUUAGCAAUAUAAGUUUAGAAAAACACGCUUGCAGUGUAUUUUAAUUAAGUAGUUCUAGCCUUUCUAUGCAUUAUGAAUCAUUCUAAGUAUCUAAGCAAAAUGAAAAACAGGUGUUGUUUUUUUUUUUUUUUUGUAGAAAUGAAGGUUGACUAAAUCUAGAUUAAGAAUCAUUAAGUUACAGAUGUUUUCAAAUAGCACCUUGGAUAUCUGUUGUUAAAAAUUGCUGUGAAAUUUGUGCUCGCAUUUGUAUGCUCCUAAAAUCUUGCAAGAGGACUGAAACGUGCUAUUACUUUCCAGCAUGAUACCAUUUUAUUUCAGCAGUAUGUUUAAAAAACAGGAAGGAAUUAUUUUCGCUGCACAUUCUUCAUUUGUUUAAAGCAGUAAGUCAGUGUCAGAGGUCCCAGUGAGUGUAGGAGUUCGUGGUAGGUUCUCAGUGGCAGGGGAUGCAGUGCUUUGGAAAGCUUUUCCCUUCAGAGAAGAAGCAGAACAGUUGCACUAUAAAUAUACCAAAGAUAUGCAGCCAAGUGGCACAGUGGUUUUUGGUAUAAGCCUUAUCCUUUGUCUAGCAAGAGUGGGUAUUUCAAUGCACAUGGCUAAUGUGAAAUAGAGCCCGGGAGGUUUAUCCUGCAGCUCUCAGUGCACAUUUCAGAACUAUGCUAACAAAAAAAAAAGACAUAAGGUACCACUGCUGGGUUUUGUUGCAGGUGCUUUUUUUUUUUUUUCUGCAGAAUUGUACAGGAAGACUUAAAUACCAUAUUCCAGCUUUUUUACUGACUGUUUUGUUUCUGGUGCAGCAGCUCAUGGGUUAACAUCUUUAAUAACAUUUUAGUAAAUACUUCUGUUGGAAACACAGGAAGUUGUGAUCCUUUAUGAAAGCACUUUAUUAUCUCAUAUAUGAGCGUUGUCUGUGUCCCCAUUAAGUCAUAUAAGUUGUAGGAAUUUGGGGAAAUAACACUGUUGUAUAAUUCAGUAAUGUAUUACAACAUUGUAACAUUACCAAUGCAUUUGUGCUUCUUAUCUUCUUGGAUAACAGGGGCUGGUAUUUACCUUGAAUCAACUCAGAGUUUCCUGUUAGCCUUUGAACAAAGAUGCUUAUUCAAGGUUAUGUGGUGUGGUUUUCCCCCAGAAAGGAAACAAAUUCAUUUUUACCCUCUGAGGGUUGCAUCUCCUGUCGUUCGUGGAUUCAUUGAUUUAAUUUUAAACACUUGGCCACUGUCAUUAACCAUUAAUUUUUAUGUGGAGCAGACAUAAGAACUUGGGGAAUCAAGUGCAAUGCAGGUUUAACUUUGUUUUUCAUAUCUGUUUGAUAUGAAAUUAGUCUAUAUUGCAAUAUUAUUGAUAGUACAGCUUCAAUAGCAACUUUAAAAAGUCAUUUUAUGUUUCAUUAAUUGGGCUGUGCAGUAUUGAUCUGCUCCCAGUCUGCAGCAGGAGUGGUCAUUCACGUCAGCAUCCUAUCUGGUGUGUGUUUAUCUGUGGCCUGGUGCUGAGGUUUCUUUGCACUGUACCUUCUGCUUUGUCCAUGCCUUACCUCAGCCUCCUGCCAUGAGGAGAACCACUAAAUAAUCCUCAUGAAGGUUAUUAUGAAGAAUUCCUUUCUGUGGAGAAAAUACUGUUACCACUCUGUCAAACAGCAUAAUGUUUUCUGCCUACACAGUGUGCUGAAAAGUGGUGAUGCCCAUAUGGCUUGCAACCAAAAUAAAUGAGAAAACCUUUUUAUGUGAUACAAAAUCAGUUAAGAGGCACUGAGGAAUUUCACUAUGAAUUGCAAAAUCUUAAAGGUUAUCAAAGCCAUUUAAUGACGGCCUCGCUGAGCUCCUGGAGAAGUUGAAGUUUCUGUUCAGUUUCAAGGGAGCAGACUUAAUGUCCCCACUGAGAGUUCCUGGAGAGCUCCCUCUCUUUGUGCCCGUAUUUGUUGCUGAUAUGCCUUGGAUUAGACUUUUAUCUGAUGCUCUGUUUCUCUUGGGGAGCUUCUAAGGACUGCAGUUAAAGGAAAGGGAGAGAAGUACAAACCUAAAAACUGAGCACAGCUUGAGGUUGUCCUUAAGGACCUUUACUGGGGGUAAAUGACCAUUUCCUGUGAGUCUGAAGUGGUGCUUUCACUUUCUGCCCUCCCCUGGGACUGCAGCACCAUGGCUGGCUGGGCUCCUGGCUCCUGCUCAACUCAAAUAUGGAUUUAUAUUAAAAAGUAAAACCAGGCAACACUGAGAUAACUCCAAACUGAGUUCAUCUCCUGUGGUUUGCUGAGCUCUGACUCACUUUGGUGUUAUUUUAGAAGGAAAAUGGGGCAGUAUUUUUGAGGACUGAUGCCUCUAUCCCUGUUUUUGGAAGGGAGACAGAGGCUGAGGAUGAAGUUCUGUAAAUUUUUUCUGUGACUUCAGUGGAGCUGAAAAUUCACCAUUAUUACAAUAUUAUUUAAUAUAUUGUAAUUGACAAUUACUGAAUUUAGAGAUAUUUAACUUAGCACAAACCAUUUUAUAAAAGUUUUUUUUGUGUGUAGCUGGUUUGUGAGAGUCCAUCUCUAAUGUAAGGUUGCCUUGUUCUGUCAUCUGUUGAUAAAUGAGCAUAAAAUGGUGGUAAGAAAAUGCAGAGUUGUGACCAGUGCUAAAAAAUGCCAAUUUUUUGUUUUGGUUGGAAAGAAAUGGGAAGCUUACACAUGUCCAGCAUCAACGCGUGUCAGUAAAUUCAAGAACCUGCAUGUUGAGUUUGUAAUUGCUAUUUAGCAGGCCUGUUUGACUUGCAAGUGUAGAAAAUAAAGUUAUUUCCAGUCUCUGUGAAUUAUUAUAAGAAAUAAUAGCUCUGAAUGUGAUUUCUGCAUUAGUUUGUAGGAAUUUCAUUAUUCUGGAGAUCAACCAAGUGUCCAGUGAACAGCAAAAUCAAAGAAUCCAUCAAAGGGUAGCAGCCUUUAGAAGAGAGAACUUGCAAGUUUAAAAUCAUGUCCAAAAUACAUGACCUGUUUUGGAAUGAAGUUUUAGUUCCAGCCAGCCAGAUUAAUGAAGUGAUUGCAUGAAAUAUAAUUGAUACUUCUUUUCUGAGUAGAAUAAAAUAAAAUAAAGAGACUUUUUGCAAAUGGA